GUGGUUCUGGUGCGGUGGAAUGAACCCUUCCAGAAACUGGCCACCUGCGACAUGGAGGGGGGGAUCUUUGUCUGGAUCCAGUAUGAAGGACGCUGGUCUGUGGAGCUGGUGAACGACAGGGGGGCCCAGGUGAGUGACUUCACCUGGUCACAUGACGGCACUCAGGCUCUGAUAGCGUACCGGGACGGCUUCGUGUUGGUGGGCUCGGUCAGCGGACAAAGACACUGGUCCUCCGAGAUCAACCUGGAGAGUCAGAUCAGCUGCGGCAUCUGGACCCCCGACGACCAGCAGGUGUUGUUUGGCACGGCGGACGGUCAGGUGAUCGUGAUGGACUGUCACGGCCGCAUGCUGGCUCACGUUCUGCUGCACGAGUCCGACGGCAUCGUCAGCAUGUCCUGGAACUGCCCCGACUUCCUGGUGGAGGACAGCACGGAGAGCGACACCGACUCUGACGACAACAUCCUGCCUCUGG